UCCAAAAUAAAAGGCCUGAGGAAGAGGAGCGGGCUGGCCCCUUGUUAAUUCCAGUUUCUCGUGGUAAGGAAGAAGGAAAGAAGAUGAGUGAGGAACCGGGGAAGAGCAAGGGUGAGAUGGGCGAUCCGCACCACCACCACCAUCAGCAGCAGUACGGCACGUUCCAGGGCGCUCCCAACAAUCUUCAGCCGCCGGCGAUGGGCUUCCCCCAGCCGGCUCCUCCUCCCGGAGUCACGGGCUCGCCUCCUCCCCCAACUUCCGGCGUGCCCUACUAUUCUCAAGGCUACCAAGCCGUCCCAGGUUAUGCACCAGUUGUUGAGGGAAGACCUUUAAGAGAGCCACGUCUCCCUUGUUGUGGCUGUGGUAUUGGGUGGUUCUUGUUCAUAAUUGGUUUCUUUCUUGCGGCUAUCCCGUGGUAUGUUGGAGCUUUUCUUCUACUUUGUGCUAGAAUUGACUACAGAGAGAAACCAGGGCUUGUUGCCUGCACAGUUGCAGCCAUUAUUGCUGCAAUUGCCAUAAUUUUUGGAGCAACAAAGGGAGCUGAUGCUUGGUGAUAUAAACUGUGGCAUUGCUUUUGUGUAUGUAAUUUAUUCAACUUAUGUGAGGUGCUAGAUGUUUAUAUAUGUUUGGAAUAUCGUAAGUUGUCGAGGGUAUGACAACUCCUGGUUAUGUAUCUGUAAUUGUCUGCUUGGUUCUAUUAGUAGUGACCAGUAUCAUGUUUGAAUCCUUGCAUUUCCAUCCUACUGUUUUACGAGACAAAA